AUUACGAAAGACGUGUUGAAUUGAAGCUGACGUUCUCGAAGUAAAUAUUGUCAUCCAAUAUUGUAAAGUUUUUGAAGAAAGAGUCAACGUAACAGAGGAAAAAGGUGCAAAAGCAAGUAAACAUCGAAACCGUUUGAUCUUCGUUUUUCUAAGAACUAACAAGAAAAAUGAUCGUGCUGGGAACAAUAACUUCAAUGGACGUAUUUUUUUAUGCGAACGCGUGUUAUGUGUGUCGAGUGUACGGUGAAAAAGUGAACUUGAAAAGAUGCUCGGCGUGUAAAAUGAUAUCUUAUUGCAGUCCAGAACAUCAGAGAUAUCAUUGGGCGCACCACAAGGAAUUCUGUCAAGUUCUGAGUAAUCAUUUGAAGGAGAAAGGUACGCUUUACAGAACAGAUUUGAAUUUGGAAAAUGAAGAGGUUUGGAAAAGCGAGAGGGCGAAAUUAAUAGGUUUCGUGGAAUUUAAAUUGCGUCGUAAGCUCUUGUUUCAUGAGAUGCUGAUGUUACACUUUCCAAGAUCUUGUGAAAUUUGCCACGAAACGAAGCCUCAAAAACUGAGCAAUUGUAAUGUUUGUCCAAGCGCUAGUUUCUGCAACAAACAUCCAAAGGACCACAAACAUUCUGUCCUGUGCAAGAAACUGAAACUAGCAUAUGAAACUGAUAUAACGAGCAGCUUCGCACAUUGUGUUCCCGAAAGUGAUUACAAAAGUAUUCCGCUUAAUAUGAUUCAAGCUAUUAAGCUCUACAAGCCAUCUUCCAACAAUGAGUUUUUCAUCCAACCAGACGAAAAAGUUUGGGCUUGCAGAAUUUCUGAAAUCAUAACAAGGCCUUAUACGGUUUUAUGGUCUAUGGAAAAAUUAUCAUUGCCAAAGUCGCUGAAAAUGACCAUUCACAUUGUCGGUUCAAUGGGUGAUGAUAUAAAUCAAAUUUCCUAUUGGCAACACAUGAUCCGCCACUUGAAUCACCUCGAGGAGCUCAACAUUGUAUUUGUUGGGCUGCAUCCCAAUACAGAUUGUAACAGCGCAAGAACCAUCAGCGAUCGUCAAGUUAACAACAUUCGACUGAAUUUCCAGUUUGUGAGAGAAUCAUAUGCAGAUUUUGCAACAAGUCAAUCUUUCAUGAAGCCGGAUUACGUCGUUGGAUUUCAUUUGGGAACUUUUGAGUUACCUGGUCCGGAAAAUCACAUUUGGACUUCAAAUCUGAAGAUGAUAGGCAAACUCGGCUGUCCUUUUUCCGUCACUUCGGGCCCUGACUGGAAAGUCAACCUCGAACGACAAAGAAUCAAUGAAAUUUUUGGUCGGAGUUUUGCAUUUUAUCAACGCCCAGGCAAGCCCAGGUUCGUGAGAAAUGAUUUUAAAAUCACUUCCGGUUCAAACCGCGUUCCUCUCGUUCCACAAAAACGUGGUACACGAACUCGCCACCAGAGUUGUUGCUGGUUUGUCAAAUGCUGUUGGUUUUUCAAGGUACAUUCUCGUCGAAUCUGUACAAAAUUGACUUGUAUUUAUAACCCGAAAUACGAGUAA